UCUAGUGAGCCGGAUGUGCGCUUCUCCGCUCCUCCCCAAUUCCACCCGAAAAGGGGAAACCCCAAAAUAAGCACGGCGAGUUGGCCGAGACAAAUCGCCGGCGAUGAAGCGUCGGAACGCUCCGUCCGGCGCCGGAUUCCCCGGAGGAGAGAGCCCGGGGUGGGGUGUGGAUAGGGAGCGGCCUAAUGGGGGUUGGAGAGGGAAGCCGCCGGCGCCCGUGGUGAAGUGGUCGCACGCCGAGGCCAUGAAGAAGAAGCCCAAAGUUGGUGGCGGGGCAGCCAUGGUCGGAGAUGGCGGAGGGUGGCGGAUGGAGACGGAGGCGGAAAUGGUGGGGCUUGAUGGACGAAGCUGCGGCGGGAGAGGGUUUCUUGGAACGAGCUGGCCGGAGGCGGCGGGGAAGAGCGCGGAUGCGGCCACCGGCGGAGGAGAGAAGGAGGUGUGUUUGCCGGAGACGGAGAAGGCGAGUCCUUUGGAGGCCGUGGAAGGGGGCGGUGGAGGAGACGUGAGGGGCGAUGAGGCCAAGGAGGAAAUGUACGAUUGGAGGUGGACGGAGGCUGCGAGCCCGGAGAUAAUGGCGCUGAUACUGCGGGGCAGGUUAGCCGCCGACGAGAUUGCGCGCGGGCCCGCGGCGGUCUGCAAGGCGUGGAGGGAGGCCGCUGCGUCGCCGGACAUGUGGGGGGACGUGGACAUCGAGUCCUGGUGCCGCCGCGUCAAGUGCCGAGUCAGGGCCGACGCAGCUGUGCGCCGCCUUGUCGCCCGCUCCCAAGGCAAGAUCUUACGGCUCUCCGCUUAUUGCGUCGGCGACGCUGCGCUUGCCUACGUCGCCUCCUCGGGGAAGUUGCUUAAUGUCCUGCAGAUCCCGGUGAGCGAGAUAUCUGACCAAGCCGUGGAGAGGUAUGUGGAACACCUUCCUGCUCUAAGAGUGUUGGACAUCAGCUACUGCGAGAAAAUCACAUCGAGGGGCAUGGAAGCAAUAGGCCGAAGUUGCAAGUCGCUUGCUCAGCUGAAGAGGAACAGGCCUCCUCCACAGCCUCCCCAAGGCAGCAAUGCCGCACCUAGAGUGGUUGAAGACGAGGCCCUGGCAAUUGCGAAUACCAUGCCGAUGCUUACACAACUUGAGCUUGCGCAUGGUUGGUUUAGUGAUGUUGGCCUUGAUGCCAUCCUCACCAAAUGCCCUCUGCUGCGUACGCUGGACAUACUUGGCAGCUGGAAUGUCAGGCUUGACGGCAACAUCGAGGACAGAUGCUGUGCUCUUGAGUCGUUUAGGGAGCCAUGGGAGCCUGAGUACCACGAGUACUCAAGCAGUGGUGGCGACAACGACUACGAUGACACUGAAAGCGAUGAUUGACUAAAUGCGCUAUAGAAUUCGGGGGUGCUAAACGGUUUGGCUUUCUGGGAUUUAUCGGAAACUGCAAGCUUCCUUUUGUUUACCUAAAACAUCAGUUGAAAUGCUUACUUCUUGUCUGACCGAGUAAGCAUUGUUUUUAGCUUAGCGUCUGUCUUCUGAGGUAGUAGUAAUUGUUACUCUCCUGUGCUAGGAUUAGAAAUUAUGUUCUGGAGUUAUUAUUUGGGAGCUUGGCAUGUGCAAUCUUGAUUGUUCAGAUUGUUCA